AUUGGAUAAGACGCAUCUGUACAAUUGUUAUGAAAUUGUGUUACUAGCAAACAUGUCUGACCUCAGCUAGCCACCUUCUGUAACCCCUCAUGGCAGCCUCAGAUAGUCCAAGCUCCAGAGCUAUACGAAAGUCCAUCUGGCUUAACGUCAACACCCCGACAAACGACGACGACGAAGAGCUCUACCAACUGCCGCCCAACAUACAUAUCCAAGAGGGCGCCUUACAUAUUUACACGAUCCCAUUCUAUCUGGCCGGAAACACCGACUCACCGUCUAUGAAUCGCCCCGCCAAAGCCUAGAGCCGCGCCAACCAGUCGCCCAAACCCGCGACCAUGGCGCACCUACUGCGGCAGCUGAGCUCCAGCCCCAUGUCCGUGAUGCUCAUCACAGCCAUCGUCUACCUCUCAAUUGCGAUACCCCUCCUCGUAAUCCACGAAGUCGUCCCGCCCGCGCCAUCAGACGACGCCCUACCCAGCGGCCUGAACAUCAGCGAGGCGUGGCUGGACCUAGCGGAGUUGACGAAGGCGUACCAUCCGUAUGCGAGUCGACGGAAUGAUGAGGUGCAUGAGUGGUUGUUGAGGAGGGUGGAGGGGAUAUUGGGAAGUAAUGGGGUGAGGUGGUCUAGUGAGAAUGGGCAUAUUCCGAUUUCGCCGCAGGAGGUUGGGCAGGUGGGUGGAGGGGAACAAAAGGUUGGGAAGGUCGAGGCGGCGCCGUUUCCUGGGUUUAUUGGGGUUGAGACGACUGGGGAGACGAAGGAAGAGGACGAGCUCAGGAAGCGAGAUGCCUCGCCGCUGGUUACGAUCUUCAAUGACUUGCAGUCCAAUAUCACAUGCUCUGGCCUUGGAGCUAUUGGCGCAGAUGGCAAAGGCAGAUUACCAGGACAGACUGUCUACUUUGAGGGCACAAACAUCAUUGUCUACAUCCGCGGCACAGAAGACGAAGAAGGUGAAUGGUGGAAAUCAAGCCUUCACUUGAGGAACACCCACGGCCAGGGAGGAAUCCUCGUCAACGCCCAUUACGACAGUGUGUCGACCGGUUUCGGCGCAACUGAUGAUGGAGUCGGAGUCGUCACUAUUCUCCAACUGAUCCGCUACUUUACCUCUACUGGAAGACAGCCGAAGAAGGGGAUCGUGGCGCUGUUCAAUAAUGGCGAGGAGGAUUUCCUCAAUGGUGCUAGAGCGUAUACCCAGCACCCGAUGUCUCUCUUCACCCAUACGUUUUUGAAUCUUGAGGGCGCCGGUGCUGGCGGUCGAGCAGUUUUGUUCCGUAGCACGGAUACAGAGGUCACGAGGGCGUAUGCGAAGAGCUCGCAUCCGUUUGGAAGUGUUGUUGGUGGCGAUGGGUUCAAGCAGGGGAUGAUUCGCAGCCAAACUGAUUAUGUCGUCUUUGAAGAUAUUCUCGGUCUCCGAGGUCUUGAUGUGUCAUUCUGGACUCCCCGAGCUCGUUACCAUACAAACCAGGAUGAUGCCAGGCAUACCAGCCGCGACAGUAUUUGGCACAUGUUGUCGACUUCUGUUAGCACUGUCGAGGCGUUGACUUCGGAUACUAGUGGCACUUUCAACAGCCCACGAGGCGACAAUGCUUGGGGUAAAGUCAAGAAUGGGAAGGGUAGCGAUGGAGUCUGGUUCGAUUUAUUCGGCAAGGGAUUUGCGGUCUUUGGUCUACGCACUCUGUUCGCUUGGUCGCUGACCUUCCUCAUUGCCUGCCCGCUGGCUAUCAUACUGAUUAUUUACCUUCUUGUUCGAGAGGAUAAGUUUUACUUGUUUUCGUCCUCGGUUUCGUCACAGGGUGACAAUGAGGCGGAUGUUCCUCUGAAUGGCUGGAGGGGCGCAUUCCGCUGGCCGCUGACUUUCAUCGCUGCUACGGCGCUGACUGUUGGAUCUGGGAUGCUCAUUGUGAAGGUCAAUCCAUUGAUUAUAUACAGCAGCCAAUACUCAGUAUGGACUAUGGCUCUAACACUAAACUUCUGCGUCUUCUGGUUCAUAAUGCGAGGUGCCGAUUUCGUCCGACCAUCCGCCUUACACCGAACCUACGCCUACUUCUGGAUGUUCAUCCUCGGCUGGAUCAUCCUCGUCGCCGUAACAGUCCUAGAAGACCGCUUCAAAAUCGCCUCAGGAUACUAUUUCGUAUUCUACGAAAUCGCAAUCUUCUUCGCCCUCGCCAUCAGUCUUCUCGAGUUAUUAGCUCUACCCACCAAAACACAGUACGCGGCGAACGUGCACGCCCAAGAUGAGGCUGUAGAGAGCAUCAAUGCGUUACCAGACUCCGAUGCCCUUAUCGCUCCCACCGAUGAUGAGCACCCAGAAUCUGAAGCAGUUGAAGCAGCUGAUGAGCCCGAAGAAGCAGAAGCAACUGAAUCAACACCCCUCUUUGGCGGCGACGGCACAAGGCGCUCUCGCACCACCACUUUCGCCAACUACGCCCGCCGCUCAUUCCCUCGCGUCAGAGCUCACGACGGGUCUAGCGAUAGUAUCACCGUAGAGGUAAGCAGCCUCCCCCCUCCCAAAAAAAAAACCUCCCCUCACGAAACAUUCUAACACCACCCAGUCCGAACGCUACGGCCACGAACAAUCCUGGUCCGGCAAACUCCCCCGCUGGACAUGGGCCAUCCAACUCCUCCUCAUCGCCCCCCUCACCUUAAUCCUCCUCGGGCAAAUCGGCCUCCUCGUCGUCACCGCCACCGGCCAAACAGGACCUGAUGGCUCCGCGCUGGUAGUUCCCUACGUGCUUCUUACUACCUUCUCCACGCUUAUUCUCCUCCCGCUGACUCCGACGUUGCACCGAUUUACGCACCACUUGCCUACUUUCCUCUUCCUCCUCUUCACGGGGACGUUAAUCUAUACCCUCACUGCGUUCCCGUUCUCGGCAGAGAAUAGGUAUAAAGCCUAUUUCCAACAAACCAUCGAUCUGGACACCGGGUCGAACCUCGUCACCAUCUCCGGCCUCGAAACAUUCGUCAGGAAACUCAUCGCGGAUAUCCCAUCCGCGUCCGGGCAGCAUAUAGAAUGCACCACCCGCCCCCUCCGCGCAGGCGUGAAGUUCUGCUCAUACAACGCCCCCCCCCCCUCCGUCGUCCCCGGCGUUCCUGGCGUGCCGCCGGAGAAAUCAUACGGCGAUUGGCUGUCUUACACUGCGACGAGGGAGCGCGGGACCAACAAAGCCACCUUCCGCGUCUCAGGCACCAACACCCGCUCCUGCGCCAUCCGCUUCGCUCGCCCCAUCAAAGCCGUAAAAGUCACCGGCGCAGGGACAGAUACCCGUUUCGACGCCGUACCCCAGGAGGUAGGCAGCGGAGAAGUGAAACUCUGGCAGAGGGAGUGGGAGGGGGAGUGGGAGGUUGAGGUUGAGUGGGGUGUUAGUGAGGGGAAGAAGGUGGGGGAGGAGGGGAUGGAGGGGAGGGUUGUGUGUUUGUGGGCUGAUUUUAAUGAGAGGGGAGUGAUACCGGCGCUGGAUGAGGUGGUGGCGUUUGUGCCGGGGUGGGUG